UAUUUCUGGAUAUUGAGUUUUUCAUAGUUAUUAUAAUAUUACCAACCUUUUUUCUAGCUAAAAGUACAUGCCGGAUAUUCCUUCAACUCCGAAUAGACCUCGUUCCUUUGUAGGACCAUCAAGUUCUACUUCUCAAAAUAAUUCUAUUUCUUCUCAACACGAAAUAGGCACUUCUCGGUUAGGAAGUGAGUUAGCUGGCCUUCCUAGCACUCCUGUUCCUCGAUCUAACUUAUCUGGUUACGGAAAUCGCAUAUUUAGCACAGGAAGAGCUAAUCCAUCUUCGACAUCUAACGAAUUUUCUGAGGAUUUGGUUGUACGAACUACUGAAGGGCAGCAUAAUGUUGUCCAAAGAGAUUAUUUAUGGGGGACUAAUGUUUCUGUGGUCGACUUAGAAAACGAUGUUAGAAAUUUUUUUGAAAAUUUUAGAGUAAAUGAAGAUGACGAACUGCCUUACUAUAAAAAAUUGAUGAUAAAUCUUUCAGAAUCUGAAAGGGAUUUGAACUUCAUUAAUGUAGAUUGUCAGCACAUUCUGGCGUACAGCCGGCGGUUAUAUGAAACUUUGCGGGAUUACGUUGAGAACGCCAUUCAAAUAUUUGACUUUAUUGCCAGCGAAAAGUAUGAGAAUUGGUGCGGCGUUCCCAACCAACUGCAGGUACGGCCCUAUAAUUUAGGCGAGGAGGUGGCCAUGCGCGACUUGGACCCUUCAGAUAUUAACAAGCUCGUGGCGAUCAAGGGGAUGGUCAUCCGCGUGUCUCCCAUCCUUCCGGACUUGAAUUUUGCUUUUUUUGAGUGCUCGGUGUGCCAUUUUUCAUUGGAAGUUCUUCCCGUUCGUGGACGCAUCGUCGAGCCGAGCCACUGCGAAAACUGCGGGACAAACUUUUCGUUGGACAUUAUACAUAACAGAUGCAAAUUUCUUAACAAGCAGCACAUCAAACUGCAGGAAGCGCCAGAGACCAUCCCCGCUGGGCAGACCCCCCACGCAGUCGUCCUCGUGUGCUUGGAUGAGUUUAAAGAUGCCGUGCAGCCCGGUGAUAGGAUUACUGUGACGGGCAUGUUCCAGGCCUCGUCCAUUCGUCCUAAUAAGAACCAGCGGAUUAUUAAGGCUGUCUUUAAGACGCACAUGGAAGUUUUUCAUAUUAAGAAGGCGGAGGCCCACCGCGUGGCAAGAGAGAGGCUUGCAGGCCCUGAAGAAUUUUUUCACGACGUCGCUGAUGUUCACGAGAUGCCUGACGCACGUGACUCUCUACAUGCGCGUUUCCACGAAUUUGCAGCGUCACCGAACAUUUAUCAAAUUCUCAUCAGUUCUUUUGCCCCGGGCAUCUGGCAGCACGAGGACAUCAAAAAAGGCAUACUUUGCCAGCUGUUUGGCGGAGUUAAUAAAGACCUGAGGGACAGAGGCUUGGGAAAGUCGAGAGGAGACAUCAAUAUACUUCUCUGCGGCGAUCCGGGAACGAGCAAAUCACAAUUUUUAACGCACGUAAAUAAGGUGACUCCUCGCGGAAUUUAUACUUCGGGAAAAGGCUCUUCUUCAGUGGGGCUUACUGCUUACGUUUCGAAGGAUCCGGUCACUAAGGAACUUGUACUGGAAAGCGGCGCGCUGGUUCUAAGCGAUGGAGGGAUUUGCUGCAUAGACGAGUUUGACAAAAUGAGCGAAGGCACGCGGUCGGUGUUGCACGAGGCCAUGGAGCAGCAGACAAUCUCCAUUGCAAAGGCGGGAAUUAUCUGCACUUUGAAUGCACGCGCGUCUGUUCUCGCAGCCGCUAAUCCUAUUGGGUCCUCGUGGAAUCCGAAACUACCAAUAGUAGACAACAUAAAUCUUCCACCAACGCUGCUCUCCCGAUUUGACCUCAUUUACUUGAUUCUGGACAACCCCGAUCCAAUGAACGAUCGCCAACUUGCCCGCCACAUCACAGCGAUGUACGCUACUGGCCCGGAGGCGCUUUCUGCGGAGAUUAUGCCGCCAGAGCUACUUGCACGUUAUAUUUCGUACGCUCGCGAGCACAUCCACCCGGUUAUUACGGACACUGCCGCCGAGGCUCUUGUUCAUGCUUACAUGGAACUCCGUCAGUUUGGUGGUAGCAGAAAGACUAUUGCCGCUACGCCCCGUCAACUGGAAUCCUUGAUUCGCAUUUCCGAAGCCCUCGCACGAAUGAGAUUUUCUUCGGAAGUCGCGCUCGGCGACGUUGCUGAGGCGCUUCGGCUAAUAAAAACGGCAUUGUGCCAAUCAGUGACAGAUCCCGUCACGGGAAUGGUGGACAUGAGCAUCAUCACUACUGGCCUGAGCGAGAGUAGCCGUCAACGGCUCAACCAAUCGGUGGUCAGCUUGAGGGAUUAUCUCUCGCAUCGACGUAUUGGCGCUCCGCUGCGACUUCGAGCUCUUCUGGAAGAAUACAACCAGCAGAACAAUGCGAACUUGCAAAUGCACCAGUUGAGGGAUAUCUGUAGGUCGCUAGUCGAAGAAGGCUUUAUUUCAUACAACUCUCGCCAGGAUGCUAUCUCCUUGAUUUACUAA